GGCUCGCAUUGUUCACUCCAGCCAUGGACUGAAUUAUUUGGUACAACCAUGGACUGUAAAACCGAUCACAUGCUUUGAUUACAUGGGGCUCGCGGCUGUAACCCGCUCCACUGACUGGACGGUGAAGCGCGCCUGGGUCGCGCGCUGCUGGUGGGCAGAGCGCCGUCACGAGCUGAAGGUGUCAUGAAACGGAGAAAACUCACUCGCAGAAAGGCAGGGGGCUAUACCAGCUCGCAUGGCAACAUAAGAGAUACUCGCCGGAUAAAUAAAUUACCGGAGCGAAAAUGGCCAAAAACACGUCUCUUUAUUUUCGGAUUGUCGAGGGCAGGAACCUUCCGGCCAAAGACGUAUCUGGGACGAGUGAUCCUUACUGCAUCGUUAAAGUUGACAAUGAAGUUGUAGCCAGAACCGCUACAGUGUGGAAGAAUCUAAACCCAUUCUGGGGUGAAGAGUACACGCUGCACCUCCCAAUGGGGUUUCAUUCACUGUCGUUCCUCGUGAUGGACGAAGACACAAUUGGACACGAUGACGUUAUUGGAAAGAUCACACUGAGCAAAGAAGCUAUUGGAGCUCAAGCUAAAGGGCUUGAUAGCUGGAUGAACCUGACUAGGGUUGACCCCGAUGAGGACGUUCAAGGAGAGAUCCACCUGAGUCUGGAGCUCCUUAAAGAUACAAUGAAGAGCAGCCUGCGGUGCCAGGUCAUUGAAGCCAGGGACUUGGCGCCAAGAGACAUUUCUGGAACAUCGGAUCCUUUUGGAAGAAUUAUUUUCAACAACCACAGUGCGGAGACCUCGAUUAUCAAGAAGACCCGUUUCCCUCACUGGGGGGAAACCUUAGAGCUGGAGCUGGACGCAGAGGAGCUGAAUGAGGAGGGGACUGUGAUGGUGGAGGUCUGGGACUGGGACAUGGUGGGAAAAAACGACUUUCUGGGAAAGGUGGAAAUCCCUUUUGCUUCUUUGCACAAGACACCUGUGUUAGAGGGCUGGUUUCGUUUGCUGCCCCUGGGAAACAAUGAAGCUGAUGCUAGUGGCAAGCUGGGAGCUCUGCGCCUGAAGGUGCGUCUGGUGGAGGACCGGAUCUUGCCGUCUACGUACUACCAGCCACUUAUUGAACUUCUGGUUGAGUCGGUAAUCUCCCCCACAGAGGUGGAGGACAGCAGCGCCCUGACCAUGCUGGAGGAGGUGACCACUGUGGAGAGCAGGCAGGAUGUUGCGAUGACUCUCGUGAAGAUCUACCUAGGGCAAGGCCUGGUGGUGCCAUUCCUGGAUUACCUUAACACCAGAGAGGUCAACCACACAGCUGAUCCAAACACCUUAUUUCGCUCCAACUCUCUUGCCUCCAAAGCCAUGGAACAGUUCAUGAAGGCCGUUGGCAUGCUGUAUCUGCAUGAAGUGUUGAAACCCAUCAUCAAUCGCAUCUUUGAUGAGAGGAAGUACAUUGAGCUGGACCCGUGUAAGAUUGACCUGAACCGCUCAAGACGGAUUUCAUUUAAGAGCGGCGUGUCAGAGGCAGAGGUUCGGGACUACAGCGUGGAGAUGCUGCAGACCUAUUUAACCAGCAUCAUCGAAUCCAUCGUCAGCUCUGUCGAUCAGUGUCCUUCAGUCAUGAGAGUGGCCUUCAAACAGCUGCACAAGAGAGUGGAGGAACAAUUCACAGAGCCGGAGAAUGAGGAUGUGAAAUACCUCGCCAUCAGCGGGUUCUUCUUUCUGCGAUUUUUUGCCCCUGCCAUCCUGACGCCUAAGCUGUUCCAGCUGAGAGACCAGCACGCUGACACACGUACAAGCAGAACGCUGUUACUACUCGCCAAGGCGCUGCAGAGUGUGGGCAACCUGGGCCUUCAGCUGGGCCAUGGGAAGGAGCAGUGGAUGUCGCCUCUUCAUCCCAUCAUCCUCCGCAGUGUGGCCUCCGUCAAGGACUUCCUGGACAAGCUGAUCGACGUCGAUCACAAUAUCGUGUCUUCGGUGCCUCAGAGGGCCGUGUUCAUGCCUUCAGUGACGGUGAAGGAGGGAUACCUCCACAAACACAAAGCAGAGGGACCCCAGCUGCUGUCCCGCUUUGCCUUCAAGAAACGCUACUUCUGGCUGACUAGCGAGACCUUGUCCUAUGCCAAGACCUCUGAUUGGCAGGUGCGCUCCUCCAUACCAAUUCAGCGUGUGUGUGCCGUGGAGAGACUGGAUGAAAAUGCCUUCCAGCAGCAGAAUGUAAUGCAGGUCAUUACACAGGACAACGAUGGAAAGCUGAACACCAUGUACAUCCAGUGCAAGAACGUGAAUGAGCUGAACCAGUGGCUGUCUGCAAUAAGGAAAGUCAGCAUCUACAACGAGCGCAUGCUGCCUUCUUUUCACCCGGGCGUUCACCGCAGCGGCAAGUGGACCUGCUGCCUGCAGGCGGACCGUGCUGUUACAGGCUGCAGCAGAACCCACUCGGCCGUAACUCUGGGCGACUGGAGCGACCCGCUGGAUCCUGAUGUGGAGACUCAGAUGAUAUACAAGCAGCUUCUCCAGGGCAGAGACAAACUCAGGAAAAAAUACCUGGAGAUGGAAGACGCAGAGCCGACGUCAAGCAAUAAGGAAGAGAGGAUAAGCCCUGAUAUUCACCCAGACGGUGCCGAAUGCAUCGCUCCGCCGACGAGGCCCGGUCAGAGUGUCGCUGCUCGGCUGCUGGUGGUGAUAGAGGAUCUGGAGCAAGCUCACGCCACCUUCCAGCUGAGAGAAAUAGAGGACGCCACCAGAGUCAUUCUGAAUCCCUAGGCUGCACACGGCCUCUGAUCUAUUAAUGCCUGAAAGGAGGGCUGGGUGUGUGGAGAUGCUGGAGGAGGAAGAGGAGGGGAGGGGAAGCAGAAAGAGGGAGCAACAGCUACACGCACUCAUGACUGCGACCUCGUCCAGCCUGUUGGUGUAAAGAGCAACAGAGACUUUCUAAUCUCUUUCUGUACUUUCUGAAUGCCACCAAUGAGGAAGGUUAUGACACGCGAUGCUAAAAUGGAGGGGGUCCCUGCAGCACGAUCUGGAUGUUAUAUGAAUAUAUAUAUAUAU